AUGGAGAUGUCGGGGGUCCCUGGGGAUCCGGAGGCUGCCAGGGGCCUGGGCGCAGUGCCCAGGAGCAGCCGGAGCACUGGGCAGCCGGGCCUGAGGCUUCUCCUCCUGGGCAAACACGGCGCGGGGAAGAGUGCCACGGGGAACAGCAUCCUGGGCCGGGAGGUGUUUGCGUCCAGAUUCAGGGCGCAGGCGGUCACCAGAGAGUGCCAGAGCGCGCACGGGACUGUGCGGAACAUGGAGCUCGUGGUCAUAGACACCCCCGACCUCUUCUCCUCAAGCGUCAGCGCCGAGGCCCAGCGUGGCCACCUCGAGCACUGCGCGGAGCUCUCAGCUCCCGGCCCCCACGCGCUGCUUCUGGUCAUCCCCAUCGGCAACUUCAAUAAAGAGGACGCGGAAACCUUCCAUCGUGCCAAGUCCAGGUUUGGACGGGAGACCGGGAAGCAUAGCAUCGUGGUCUUCACCAGGAAGGAUGAGUUGGGGGAGGACUCACUGCAUGAGCUCGUGGAGAGCGACGAGGCCCUAACGGCGCUGGUGCAGGACUGCAGGGACCGGUACUGCGCUAUCGACAACAAGGCCUCGUGGGCGGAGAGGGACGCGCAGGUGUCCGAGCUCCUCUGCAAGGUAAAGGGUCUGGUGGACCAGAACGGAGAACAGCCCUAUUGCCUGGACCUCGGAAACGAGCACAGUGAAUUGCAGGAUACCAUGAAUGAAAGACGUGACAAUUCACAUGUUGUUUGGAUCCCUUCUGAAUGUAAUUUCAAGCUGAGACAAAAACUUAUUUAUGCUAGCCGAAAGAGUUUGAGGACUGUUUGCGAGUAUGUUCCUGGAUGGAACACCAUCAAAAAUGAUGAUUGGAUCGGCAAGGUCUGUGGACAUGACCAAGUCAUGCUCCACCACAAAGGGUCCGAGGAGAUGCAGCUGCAGUCGGCCGGCAGUGAGCUGGCCCCCGAGACAUCAGAACUGAGGGUCCUGCUGGUGGGCAAGCACGGCGCGGGAAAAAGCACAGUCGGAAAUCGCCUUCUGGGGGAGCAGGCCUUUGACACCGGAUUCAGUGAAGAACCCAUGACCACAAAAUUUCAGCCUCAGAGUAGAGUCUGGAAAAGGAGGAAAAUUGUGAUCAUCGAUACUCCAGAUAUCUCAUCUCCGGAUAGUUUUAAGUGGGAGUUUCAGAGACCCACACUUGGGGACCCUCAUGUCAUCCUGAUGGUGAUUCCCGUCGGCUCGUACUCCGAGAAAGAUGAAGAUCUGCUGGAAACCCUUCGAAGAAGUUUUGGAAACAAAAUCUUUGAGCACAUGUUCAUUCUCCUCACCAGGGAAGAAGAUAGACCUCAGAGUACAGAAACGUUAAAGGCUAGAAAUCAUUCUCUCAGUAUGCUCCUCAAGGAGUGUAAUAAUCGAUACAUAUUCUCCAGCUACAAAGCAGUGGGGGAGGAGGAGCAGCAGCAGGUGGAUCAGCUCCUGCAAGAACUCGUGAUCCUGACACAGCAGAAUGCGAAUAAGCCAUGUGCCAUGGUAAAGGAAGAUACCCUGAGCAUUGUCCUUGUGGGGAGAGGCGGGACUGGGAAGAGUGCAACUGGAAACACCAUCCUCAGAAGGACGGCGUUCCCCUCACAUCUCAGUGCUCAGUCGGUUACCAAGACCUGCCAGAGCGGCAAGGAGAAGUGGGGGGAACAGGAAGUGGUGGUUGUGGACACGCCCUCUCUCCUCCUGGUACCCAACGACACUGAGGGUCCAUCCCAGCUAGUAGAGGAGGUCCAACGCUGUUUGUAUUACUGUGAAGGGAACAAGAUUCUCUUUGUCCUGGUGUUCCAGUUGGGAAGGUUCACUCAAGUGGAUCAAAGUGUUUUGGUGCAGUUAGAGAACAUCUUUGGAGAGAAAGUUAAGGAAUACACAAUUGUGCUGUUCACCCGGAAGGAAGAUCUAGGGGGUGACAGCAUCGAAGAUUACAUUGAGAGUGUAGAUUGCAAAGCUCUUAGGAAGACUGUUGAAAAGUGUGGAAGGCGAGUUUGGGCCUUUAAUAACAGGGAGUCAGGUGAAUCUGGGAAAACCCAGGUGACAGCUCUGCUGACAAUGGCCAAUGAACUGAUAAAGAGCCAUAACGGGUGGGGAUAUUCUUUUACUUUGGAUGAGAUCAUCCAGAGAAUUAAAGACAUGAGAAGUGAUCAGGAAAAGUCCAAAAACAAAUCUCAGAAACAAGAUUCAAGAAAUAGGCCCAAAAAGAUGGUCACAAAUAUAUUUGGUGAACGUUCGAAUUACAGGUACCCUCGUAAGCUCAAGAACUGGAAAUUUCAAUCCAAUGGGCAUGGCCAGGAGUGA